GAACCGACCGCUGCAGCCCUUUAGGCUGCGGUGCCAAAGAGUCGGUCCCGAAGCGGAAGUGCUUCUUGGGGCCAGGUUUUGUAGCGGUCUUCUCCUCAGCGAGCAGAAAAUCUGUUGUCGAAAGAGUGAGCACAGUGACCUGCGCUAAGGGUUCAUGCGCAUCCCUCAGGACCCUCUUUAGACGUGCCCCGCUCCUCCCUCUACCCUCUCUCCUUGCCCAAGCCCCGAGGUGGGGGUCUGGUGUGAAUGCUCCGGCCGAAGUGAACCUGCACCCGAAGGUCUUUUUCCGGCUCCUGGGCAAGGCGGCCCCGGUGAGGUGAGCAGAAGGAAGAAGAGGCACCUGCAAGGUCUCACCUGACCCUGGGCCUCGCCCAGAUUUGGGGGCCUGGGAAGAGGGGUUCACAUGAAGAGUGAAGAAUACACAGACUGUUAAAACCACAUGGUUGCCCAAACUCUUCCACAGAGCGAUUUCAUGGCCAGCUGAUGUGAGGGGAUAGCUAGGCAGCUAAUUCUGGGCACUGAAAGUCUGAUGGGGUAUUUUCAUAUGCUCUGCUCUUCUCCACUUGUUCCAGCUCAGCCAUCACAUAUCUCUGCUUUUUCCCAAGAAGAGCAGGAAAUGGCCAAACCCCAGGGGCUAGUAACAUUUGAAGAUGUGGCUGUGGCUUUCACCCAGGAGGAGUGGCAGUACCUGAACCCACUGCAGAGGACCCUGUACAGAGAUGUGAUGCUGGAGACCUACAGCAACUUGGUCUUUGUGGGGCAGCAGGUUACCAAACCAGACCUCAUCCUCAAGUUGGAGGUAGAAGAAUGCCCGGUAGAAGAAAAAAUUCCAUUUUGGAGCUUUCCAGAAAUCUGUCAAGUUAAUGAACAGAUUGAGAGGCAACAUCAGGAUGACCAAGGUAAAUGUCUGCUGAUGCAAGCUGGAUUUUCUGACAAGAAAACAAUUACCACCGAGAGUGGUCGUGACUGUCAUGAGUUUGGAAACAUACUUCAUCUGAGUACAAACCUUGUUGCUUCAAUACAAAGACCCGAUAAACAUGAAUCAUUUGGAAAUAAUAUGGUAGAUAAUUUAGACUUAUUUAGUAGAAGUUCUGCAGAAAAUAAAUAUGAUAAUGGAUGUGCGAAAUUAUUCUUUCAUACUGAGUAUGAGAAAACAAAUCCUGGAGUGAAGCCCUAUGGCUAUAGAGAGUGUGGGAAAGGCCUUAGGCGAAAGAAAGGCCUUAGUCUACAUCAGAGAAUUAAAAAUGGAGAGAAACCUUUUGAAUGUACUGCAUGUAGGAAAACCUUCAGCAAGAAGUCACACCUCAUUGUACAUUGGAGAACUCAUACGGGAGAGAAACCUUUUGGAUGUACCGAAUGUGGGAAAGCCUUUAGCCAAAAAUCUCAGCUCAUUAUACACUUGCGAACUCAUACAGGAGAAAGACCCUUUGAGUGUCCCGAAUGUGGAAAAGCCUUCAGAGAAAAGUCAACGGUCAUCAUACAUUACAGGACUCACACAGGAGAAAAACCUUAUGAAUGUAAUGAAUGUGGAAAAGCGUUCACUCAGAAGUCCAACCUCAUUGUCCAUCAGAAAACCCACACAGGAGAGAAAACCUAUGAAUGCACUAAAUGUGGAGAAUCUUUCAUCCAGAAGCUUGAUCUAAUUAUACAUCAUAGUACCCAUACAGGAAAGAAACCCCAUGAAUGUAAUGAGUGUAAGAAAACGUUCAGUGAUAAGUCAACUCUCAUUAUACACCAGAGAACCCAUACGGGAGAGAAACCUCAUAAAUGUACUGAAUGUGGGAAGUCUUUCAAUGAGAAGUCAACCCUUAUUGUACAUCAAAGAACUCAUACAGGAGAGAAACCCUAUGAAUGUGAUGUGUGUGGGAAAACCUUCACGCAAAAGUCAAACCUUGGUGUACAUCAAAGAACUCAUUCAGGAGAGAAACCCUUUGAAUGUAAUGAAUGUGAGAAAGCCUUCUCUCAGAAGUCCUACCUCAUGCUACAUCAGAGAGGUCAUACAGGAGAGAAACCUUAUGAGUGCAAUGAAUGCGAAAAAGCAUUUUCACAGAAAUCAUAUCUCAUCAUACAUCAAAGAACUCAUACAGAAGAAAAACCCUAUAAAUGUAAUGAAUGUGGCAAAGCCUUCAGAGAAAAGUCAAAGCUCAUUAUACAUCAGAGAAUUCAUACAGGGGAGAAACCCUAUGAAUGUCCUGUAUGUUGGAAAGCUUUUAGCCAGAAGUCACAGCUCAUAAUACAUCAGAGAACGCACACAGGAGAGAAACCCUAUGCAUGCACUGAGUGUGGCAAAGCCUUCCGAGAAAAGUCGACAUUCACUGUACAUCAAAGAACUCAUACUGGAGAGAAGCCCUAUAAAUGUACAGAAUGUGGGAAAGCCUUUACCCAAAAAUCAAAUCUUAUUGUACAUCAGCGAACCCAUACAGGAAAGAAAGCCCAUGGAAGAGGCCACGCUCGGAAGUCAAAGUUCACGGCACAUUAGAGUUAAUCAACAGUGUCUAUUAUGGACACUAACGGAAAGUUGUGUCAAUUUAAUUCACAUUUUAAAAGUAUGUUCUGACUUCUGGUUUAAAUAUGAGGGUAAAGUCAGCCUUUCUUCUUUUCAUCUCAGUCAUUACCCAAAAGCUACAGGAGAAAAAGCAGAAGUGUAAUCUCUAUAUCUGACAAAAUUAGGAGGCAGCUGCAACCCUGAUGAAAGGGCUGCCACAGGCAGAGGAAACGAAGCGCUGGUGCAGGAGAUUUCAGAGCAAGCGUGCUCAAGGCUGCAGAUGCGAGACAGCACUGGUAAGGACUCUUGGCUGAGGUUCAGAAUAUAUCCCAAGGUGCAGAACCGUAGAUACAACAGUGGUAACAGUGCAUGGGCAGGUAGGAGGUAGGAUGUUUCCUAGACCAUUUGGGAUCUGAGGAGAAACAGGCUGGGGCCUUGAGAAGGAGUCACUCAGACAAGCCAUAUUUGCAGCAGGUAGUCUACUGAUGGGAGCAAUAGUUAUGGGGGUGCUGGGGGAAGAGAAGGGACUUUUCCUUGUGAAGAGCUCUAUAGCUGCCCCUAUUUACUGACUUGGGAGAAGUGAAGUUGGAAAGAACUAACAGAUGUGGGGAGAAAAAAUCUCAGUUGUCAAAAAAAAAAAACUGAUCUGCUUAGAAUGUGGCCCUGGUUUCUUUUCCCACAUGAACCUCCAGCAAAUAGCAAGUCCAGGAAAAACUUCUCAUUCAAAGAGGAAUGAUUCAAAAGUAAUCAAAACCACAAAUGCAUUUGUUUUUUGGGCCAGCAAUUCCACUUCUAGGAAUGUAUAUACUCACAUAUGUAGAAAACGAUGAACAUACAGAAAUAUUCAUUAAUGCAUUGUUUGUGAAAAACCAUUGAAAGCUGUCUAAAUGACACCACCAGGGUUCUGGGUCCCUAAAUUGUGGUAUAUUCAUACAGCAUACUCCUAGGUAGACAAAAAUGAAUAAAUAAGGAGAACUUGGAUACCAUUUAUGUAGUGAUGUGGAAUAACCUUCAGGUUACAUUAUUAGGUAGGAAAAACAGGGUUCAGGACAGUGAGUAUAAUAUUCUGCCAUUUGUAUAUAAAAAGGAGAAAAAUGGUAAGUACAUAAUUGAUUGUGAAUGUAUAAGUUAUCUCUGGAAAGAGACACGAGAACCUGGUAACCCUGAUUACCUAGGGAGAGGAAGGAGCAGUGGUGGCUGGGGGUAUGGAAUUGAAAGGGAGACAGCUAUAUCCUUUCAUAGCUUUUGAAAAUGUGGAUGUACUUUGUACUAUGUGGAUGUACCACCUUUACAAAAAAUAAAACAUUUAAAAAGCUA